UUGGGUUUGAUGAGACAGCUAUCAAUAGCUGUACUUUAGAAGGAAGGUUGGGGGGUGAUGAACCAUAUUAUGCAAGUUCUGAUGCUUGUAGUUUUGAAACUGACACAGAUGAUAGUUGUCUACAGGAAGGUGAAAAAAUGAAGUUGAAACUGCCUAACACAAAAAGGAAAAAACAUACCAUUGAGAGAGUCAGAUUUGAUCCCAAUAUUAAGAAGAUUGUGUGGCAAUUGGGUAUGGUUUUUGAAAGUGUAAAAGAGUUUAGAUUGGCAGUCACUAAGUAUGCAAUUCAGAGAGGGGUUCAGAUUGAAAAGUGUGUGAAUGAGCCAAAUAGAGUAAGGGUGAGAUGUUGCAAGGUAAAUUGCAAAUGGUUGUUAUAUGCAAGUUUGGACAAGAAGACUAAUAACUUUGUUAUUAAGACUUACAUGCCAGUCCAUUCAUGUCAAAAGGCUACUAGGAAUUAUUUGUGCAACUCUAGAUUCAUUGCUACUGUUUUUAAAAAGAAAGUUAUUGAACAACCAAAUAUCAGAGUGUUCAAGCUGCAAGAGUUAAUCCGUAAGAAGUAUAAUGUGCAUGUUGGUAAGACCACAACUAGAAGAGCAAGAGCUAAAAUUUUGAAUGAACUUAUGGGUGAUCAUGUUAAGGAAUUUGGGAGAAUUCUUGAUUAUAAGGAUGAGUUGCUGAGGACUAAUCCUGGGAGUACUUGUGUGGUGAAGCUAGGAGAAGCUAAUGAAUCUGGUAGGCCAGUAUUUGAGGCAUUUUACAUUUGUUUUGCUGCACUCAAGAUGGCAUUUAUGUCAGCUAGAAAAUGCAUUGGUCUGGAUGGUUGUUUCUUGAAGGGGGUUUGCAGGGGUCAAUUACUUAUUGCAGUGGCUAAAGAUGGCAAUAAUCAAAUGCUUCCACUUGCUUGGGCUGUAGUUGAAAAUGAGAACACAAUCACUUGGAGUUGGUUUAUUUCUCUGUUGAAAGAAGACUUGAGAUUAGGAGAUGGAACAAGUUUCACAAUUAUGUCAGACAUGCAAAAGGGACUGGAUAUAGCUAUAAAGGAGUUGUUGCCAGCUUGUGAGGAAAGAAGGUGUGCUAGGCAUAUACUAGCAAAUUGGUCAAAGAAUUGGAGAGGGCUGCAAAGGAAGAAUCAGUUCUGGAAGUGUGCUAGAAGUACUUUUGAAGCUGAAUUUAGAGAAAAUCUGCACGAGUUGUCUAAAUUAGGUACUGGAGGUACAGGUAUAGUGGAUGACCUAAUUUACUAUGAUAAAGAAUAUUGGUGUAAGGUGUAUUUUAAUUGUGAAGUCAAGUCUGAUGCUAUAGAUAAUAAUAUGUGUGAAAGCUUUAAUGCUUGGAUUUUGUCUGCAAGGCAUAAAACCAUUAUUUCUAUGCUUGAAGAGAUAAGAAUUAAGGUCAUGAAUAGGUUAGCUAGGUUAAGUGAAUUUCCAAACUCUUGGAUAAGCAAUUUCUCUCCAAUGGCAAUGAAAGUACUAGAACAAAAUAUUGAUAAGUCAAUGGCAUGUAACAUUGAGUUUAAUGGAGUAACUGGCUAUGAGGUUUUGGAUGGAUACAAACAACACACUGUAUGUUUGAGAAAGAGGGAGUGUAGUUGUAGAUCUUGGAUGUUGAAGGGUAUACCAUGUGCACAUGCCUUAGCUGCAAUGUUGCAUAAACAAUAUGACCCACAUGAUUUCAUUCAUCCAUGCUACUCUAAAGAGAGGUACUUGAUGACUUACUCACAUUUCAUACAACCUAUGAAUAACAUGCCAAUGUGGCCAGAAUCAAAAAAUCCUCUUGUUGAUCCACCAGUGAUAAAACAAAUGCCAGGCAGACCUAGAAAGUUGAGAAGGAAAGAGGUUGGUGAAAAGAAGGUGUCUGGUAAAUUAUCUAAAACAGGACUAACUAUGACAUGUAGUCUUUGCCAUGUUAAAGGUCACAAUAAAAGAAGUUGUCAUUUACGAAGGAGUGAUGGAGUUGGUUCUACUGCCGGGGAACAGAGAGCUACCCCUACUUCAAAUGUUGAAGAACCAUCAAGUUCAAAAAAAGGAAGGGGAAGACCAAAGAAAUCAACAAAUAUUGAGAGUGAGCCUGUUGCCAAAAGGGGGAGAGGCAGACCUAAAAACACAAGUGCAAAUGCAAGUGCAACAGGGGAUUCACCUACAAUUAUUGCACCUCCAACAACUUCAAGAACAACAAGAGCUAGAGCAAGUGCAAGUGCAUCAAGGGCCUCUCCUAGAACCACUGCACCUCCUACAACUUCAAGAACACCAACACAUGAAGAAUGUGCAAGUGUAAAUGGUGUUGGAGUAUUAUCAAGAUCCAGGAGUGGUAGAGGAAGGGGUAGGGGAUUGGGAAGUGCAGGAAGAGGUAGUAAUCAUCCACUUGAAAAUUGGUUUACAUGUUCUCAAGGUAGUACAACACAGGGUGUAGACCAGAACACAAAUGUUGCACCAAAGGAAACUGCUACUACCAGGAAAGGAAAGGGUGUUGAAAACACAACUCAAUUUAAAAGGCCAAGAGUCACUGGUAUGGGUGUGUUUCAAGCUAAAAAUGGUUUCAAAACUUUCAAUCCUGGACUGCCAAGUAGCACAAUAUUAGCCGGACCAAAGAGAGUUUUGAGAUCAAGUAUUGUAACUGGGGAUGUUGGUUUCAAACCGACAAGCGGAUUGAAGUGGAAAGGAAAUCAGGCAAUCACAACUAGAAGGCUCCAGCAGAUUAGAGAUCAAUCAAGGCUUUCAAACCCAAAUGCUUCCUCCUCUUCACAAGCUCAACACCCAUGGAAACUAUAAUGUUGAUAUCAAUGGUGUUUUAUCAGUACUUUGUUGGUGGCCACUAUAAGUACUAUUUUGUUUCAUGUUUGAAGGAAAACUAAAUAUUCCUAUUUUUUGUUAUAGUACUGAAAUUACGGGUACUUAUGCAAUGUGAAAACUUUGUUUUGCGUA